AUGCGCACCGGGGCUCCCGCGGGAUCUACGUCUGCAUGCGCACCGGGGCUCCCGCGGGAUCCACGUCUGCAUCUGCACCGGGGAUCCACGUCUGCAUCUGCACCUGCACCGGGGCUCCCGCGGGAUCCACGUCUGCAUGCGCACCGGGGCUCCCGCGGGAUCUACGUCUGCAUGCGCACCGGGGCUCCCGCAGGAUCCACGUCUGCAUCUGCACCGGGGAUCCACGUCUGCAUCUGCACCUGCACCGGGGCUCCCGCGGGAUCCACGUCUGAAAGCGCACCGGGACUCCCGCGGGAUCUACGUCUGCAUGCGCACCGGGGCUCCCGCGGGAUCCACGUCUGCAUCUGCACCUGCACCGGGGCUCCCGCGGGAUCCACGUCUGCACGCGCACCGGGGCUCCCGCGGGAACCACAGCACGCGCACGGGGACUUAUUUAUAUAUCUGCUGGGUGGCUACCGGGUGUUGAGUGUGGUGUACAUGCACACAGGGAUCACGUCUGCACAGGUACCCAUUGAGUGA